GUUGUCAGCAGUAGCCAGCAGAGCUUUGCUGGCGCUAAAGAAGGCACGUGGGAAAGGCGGGAGUGAGGAGCAGGCACGUGGUCCAGGCUUCUCAGCCCCGUGCAUGCCCCCCGCCCCCCGUGAGGAGGGUUUUGGGAAGGUAGGGACCAGUGCUCAAAGCUUGGGGCGCGAGCUCGCAACCGGAGCUGUCCCCGGGACUUAGUGCUGAAGUAGUCGCUGACGAACCAGGCGCCUGGUGCGGUGGCCAGAGAACACCAUGGCGUUCAUGGUGAAGUCCAUGGUGGGUGGCCAGCUGAAGAACCUCACCGGUAGCCUGGGGGGCGGCGAGGACAAGGGGGACGGAGACAAGUCUGCAGCCGAAGCACAGGGCAUGAGCCGAGAAGAGUAUGAGGAGUAUCAGAAGCAACUGGUGGAGGAGAAGAUGGAGCGAGAUGCACAGUUCACACAGAGGAAGGCAGAACGGGCCACGCUACGGAGUCACUUCAGAGACAAAUACCGUCUGCCCAAGAAUGAGACGGAUGAAAGCCAGAUCCAGCUGGCAGGCGGAGAUGUGGAACUGCCUCGGGAGCUAGCCAAGAUGAUCGAGGAGGACACGGAGGAAGAGGAAGAUAAGGCCUCUGUGCUUGGGCAGCUGGCCAGCCUCCCUGGCUUGGACCUCAGCUCACUCAAGGACAAGGCCCAGACUACACUAGGGGACCUCAAGCAAUCAGCUGAGAAGUGCCAUAUCAUGUGACCGCUUCCCCUGGGUUUGCCUCUAGGAUGGCCAGAGGGUCGGUCCCAUGUGAGGGCUAAGAGAGUGAGUGUCUCAACUUCCAGAUACCUCCAGUCCAUUUGGGCUCUGUUUUCCCUGCCCCAGCCUAGCCUCAGAGCCUUCUCAUCCAUGUUCAGCUGUCCAGCUCUCUCUCUCUCUCUCUCUCUCUCUCUCUCUCUCUCUCUAGCAAAGUUCCUAUUCUUCCCUCUCUCCCUCUGCUGCCUGGAAGGUUUCCCAAGUUGAUAGAAUUAGCCCAACCCUCUCUGGGUACAGCCCCUGUUCUUCACACAAGAGCACUCACAGAAAGACCCAGAAGCCCCGGCUCGUUUGCCACAGAUGCAUCCUGGCACACACAGACACACAUCCCUUGGGUUCCCAGCCCCUCCAGAUAUCAGCACUCAGAUGCUUAGGCGAGCCUCGGGGCACACAGAAGACCUGUUCUUAUCCCUCCCUCCCGUCAUAAUCCUAGAAGCUUUUGCUCUUUCCGAGUUUUAUCUUAUCAUCUGUAAAAUGGGAAUGGACUGAGUGAUUUCCAAAAUUCUGUCCCGAUUGGCAUUCCUGGCCACUCAGGACAGAGCCCACAUCCCUUCUUGGGCAGGGCAGCAGCUGCAGUCACAGCAUCACACAGCUGCCACUGUGGGUUCUGGGAACUGAGCAAUGCUGUGUGAGGGGCAGAGUGCCAGGUAUGGAACUGGCACUGAACAGUAGCUCCAGACCUCCUCUGGGCCCAGGGCUGAGCCAAAUUUUGUUCUGUUCCUGUAGAAGUCUCUGUAGUCCAUAGUUGGAAUUUCCUCCUCUUGUUCAGCGAAAAAUAAAAAUUCCAAAUGA